CACCUUCAUAUGUUGUUGUGACGCAUACUAAUUAAGUUCAAAUUUGCAAAACCAUUUUGAUUUUCCAGUACUCUUUUGUUAGAAAAAGAAAGAAAGGAAAUAAUGGAGAUGUUGGGACUUCUUAAAAUUAGGGUGCAGAGAGGCAUCAAUCUGCCACUCAAGGAUACAUUUCAUAGUGAUCCUUAUGCUGUUGUCACCAUGGGUGAACAGCGAGUGAAGACUAGUUGCAAGAAGAACAACUGCAACCCUGUUUGGGAUGAUGAAUUGACGUUGGCAUUGAAAUAUCCAAAUGUUCCAAUUGUUUUAGCUGUGUAUGACAAAGAUACAUUCAGUAAAGAUGACAAAAUAGGGGAAGCGGAGAUAGACAUAAAACCAUAUCUUGAAGCUAUGGAAAUGAGCUAUGAUCAGGACCUUCAAGAUGGUGUCAAAAUUGGCAGAGUUCAACCAGACAGAAAUAAUUGCUUAGCUAAAGAAAGUUGCAUUAUAUGUGAAAAUGGAAAAAUAAUCCAAGACAUGGUACUUAUGCUGCAAAAUGUUGAAUGUGGUGAAGUAGAAGUGCAAAUUGAAGUGAUCCCUAAAAUGCUCUCUGAUGACUAAGCUAAUUCUUUAGUAGAUUAAGCUCGGCGAAUCAGAAACUAUUGUAUUUUUUCUAUAACAGCACUCUCCCAUGAUUUCCACAAUAAUGUUUGCUUAUGAAACUUUUUUUCACGUAGUUCUGGUCUCUUGUAAUACAAGUCUUGGGUGAGGCUAUCGUUCUAACUGAUAUAUGGGAAAACCUUAGUUUGGAUUUGCCACAGGCUUUAUGUAAUAUCCAGGGGACAUCCUAUAGUUUUUUUUUUCGUUGUUGUAAUAAAAUUACUGUAUCGGACGAUGGAGUUUAAUGCAAUCCCAAUUUUAUCUA